GCGCACACACAUACCGAUCGACAGCAUCGCGCCGUUUUUAUCUGCCUCACCAGCUCCGGUUUCCCCCGUUCAGCCUUUCCCCGUCAACUGCCGCCAUGUUUUUCUGAGGCAGAAUGACAGCAGAGAGUGAGCGCAGACGAAGACGGAUAUAAGACUGAAAAACCGUCGAAUUACAGCAUUUUUUUCUCUACCAGGCGACUGUUUUUUAUUGCGGAGUCCGAGGAACUAAUUUCUCGGUAUAUUUGCAAAAACCCAAUGGCUUAAUUGUAGUGUGGUUUUGUUUUCGUAUGGCGUAGGCACAUUUUCCUAAUAUAUAUCCUUUUUAUUUCAGGAUGGGAGGGGGUCCUCCCACAUAAAUAUAAAAUCCAGAAAAUAUUCUUUCCUCCGUUUUUAAGUUUAUACCAUGAAAAAGCAAAAACACAGAAGCAUAUCUGAAGAAGAACAUAUUCCUGCCUGCGCUUAACUACGUUACCUCUACCAGCGAACCUACAGGAAUAACCAGACGAGUGAUCUCUGCGUGAUUAACUGCUUUACCACGAGUCACCUGCUGUCCAAACUUUGCUUCUUAAGCAAACUGAAGAUAGAAAAAAAGACUUUUAAUCUAAUCUAAAGUAAAGAUCCGACAGAGCACAUUUCAAAGAUGACGGGCAACAUCCCUGUCGACAUGAUCAACUUGAGGCUCAUCUUGGUGAGUGGAAAAACAAAAGAGUUCCUGUUCUCGCCAAACGACUCCGCGGCCGACAUCGCCAAGCACGUGUACGACAACUGGCCAAUGGACUGGGAAGAGGAACAAGUGAGCAGUCCGAACAUCCUGCGCCUCAUCUACCAGGGCCGAUUCCUACACGGCAAUGUGACGCUAGGAGCUUUAAAACUGCCUCUCGGAAAAACCACAGUGAUGCAUUUAGUUGCCAGAGAGACGCUGCCCGAGCCAAAUUCCCAAGGUCAAAGGAACCGGGAGAAGACUGGAGAGAGCAACUGUUGUGUGAUCCUGUAAAUACAUCCCUUCAUCCCUCAGAAUGAGUGUGUCCUGUCACCCUUCGUCCAUGCUGCUUAAACACAACUACCCACACCUGACCAGAACGAGAGCUUCACUUCACCUGGAAAGGAAAAAAAAAAACAUCACACCCGAGAGAGGACGAGACCAGGCUCGGGGAAUGCAUAGUCCUUAUUGAAGCCAAAAGAUGU